AUGGCCUUCCCUAGGGUUGCGGGGGCGGCCGACAGGCCCGAGUCCCCGACGCUGAGGACUCCCGCGGUCGCCGGCUCCUCGUCGUCGUCCUCCGCCUCCUCCUGUGGUUCGUGUUCGGCGGCGGCGCCGGGCGCUGGGCGACUGUGGGCCGCGCUCUACGACUACGAGGCCAGCGGAGAGGACGAGCUGAGCCUGCGGCGUGGUCAGCUGGUGGAGGUGCUGUCCCAGGACGCCGCUGUGUCGGGCGACGAGGGCUGGUGGGCCGGCCAGGUGCAGCGGCGCCUCGGCAUCUUCCCAGCCAACUACGUGGCGCCCUGCCACACGGCCGCCUGCCCGUCUCCGCCGCCUGUGCCGCCGCCGCCUGUGCCGCCACGGCCCUGCUCACCGGUGCACAUCGAGUUCGAGCAGCUGGAGCUCAAGGAGCUGAUCGGCGCCGGCGGCUUUGGGCAGGUGUUCCGAGCCACCUGGCUGGGGCAGGAGGUAGCGGUGAAGGCGGCGCGGCGCGACCCGGAGCAGGACGCAGCGGCGGCGGCCGAGAGCGUGCGCCGCGAGGCGAAGCUCUUCUCCAUGCUGCGGCACCCCAACAUCAUCCAGCUGCGAGGCGUCUGCCUGCGGCAGCCCAACCUCUGCCUGGUACUCGAGUUCGCCCGCGGGGGGACGCUCAACCGGGCCCUGGCUGCCGCCGCGGAGUCGCGCGCACCCUGUUCGCGCCGCGCGCGCCGCAUCCCUCCGCACGUCCUGGUCAACUGGGCGGUGCAGAUCGCGCGCGGCAUGCUCUACCUGCACCAGGAGGCCGUGGUGCCCAUCCUGCACCGGGACCUCAAGUCGAGCAAUAUUUUGCUGCUUGAGAAGAUUGAGCAUGAUGACGACGUCUGCAAUAAAACAUUGAAGAUUACGGAUUUUGGGCUGGCAAGGGAGUGGCACCGGACAACCAAAAUGAGUGCUGCUGGCACAUAUGCGUGGAUGGCGCCGGAAGUCAUCAAGUCCUCCAUGUUUUCUAAGGGAAGUGAUAUCUGGAGUUAUGGAGUGCUGCUGUGGGAACUGCUCACGGGAGAAGCUCCCUAUCGUGGCAUUGAUGGGCUUGCUGUGGCUUAUGGAGUAGCAGUUAAUAAGCUCACUCUACCCAUCCCAUCUACCUGUCCUGAGCCAUUUGCUAAGCUAAUGAAAGAAUGCUGGGAACAAGACCCACAUAUUCGCCCGUCGUUUGCCUUAAUUCUUGAACAGUUGUCUGCUAUUGAAGAGGCUGUUAUGACUGACGUGCUCCAAGAAUCUUUUCAUUCCAUGCAAGAUGAUUGGAAACUGGAAAUUCAACAAAUGUUUGAUGAGUUGAGAACAAAGGAAAAGGAGCUGCGGUCACGUGAAGAGGAGCUGACACGAGCCGCCCUUCAGCAGAAGUCUCAGGAAGAAUUGCUAAAGCGGCGUGAACAGCAGCUUGCGGAGCGCGAGAUUGAUGUCCUGGAGCGGGAACUGAAUAUCAUGAUCUUCCAGUUAAACCAGGAGAAACCUAAUGUGAAAAAGCGGAAGGGGAAGUUUAAGAGAAGUCGUUUAAAGCUCAAAGAUGGACAUCGAAUCAGUUUACCUUCAGAUUUUCAGCACAAAAUUACUGUGCAGGCUUCUCCCAACCUGGAGAAACGGAGAAGUCUGCAUAGUAACAGCUCUAGCCCACCGAGCAGCCCAACGAGAAUCCCCCGCCUCCGAGCCAUACAGUUGACUUCAGAUGAAAGUAAUAAAACUUGGGGCUGGAACACGGUCUGUCGUCAAGAAGAAUUUGAAGAUGUCAAAAGGAAUUUCAAGAAAAAAGGUUGUACCUGGGGACCAAAUUCGAUUCAGAUGAAAGAAAGAACUGACUGCAAAGAAAGAGUACGACCUCUCUCAGAUGGCAACAGUCCUUGGUCAACUAUCUUAAUAAAAAAUCAGAAAACCAUGCCCUUGGCUUCAUUAUUUGUGGACCAGCCAGGUGCUUGUGAAGAGCCAAAGCUUUCCCUUGAUGGGUUAGACAACAGAAAACCAAAGCAAAUAAAGUUGCCUAAUCAAGCCUAUGUUGAUCUACCUCUUUGCAAAGACGAUCACAGGGAGAGUCCUGAGGUAUCUGAAAGCCCGGAGGAGCGGGGCUCUGUAAGCUCUGCUUUAGACUCUCCUCAGGUAACUCCUGCAAAUAGUGUGAGUAGAGCACCCCAGAAAAAGAGGAUGGAAUCUGCUCUAUAUGGGUGCACCAUGCUUCUGGCAUCUGUGGCUUUGGGACUGGAUAUUAGAGAGGUUGGGAAGGCACAGGCUCCUGACGAGUUGCUGCUCAAGGAAGACAAGAAGAAACGAGAGGGAAUCUUCCAGCGUGCCUCCAAGUCCCGCAGAAGUAGCAGCCCUCCAACAAGGCUGCAGUCUAAGAGAGAGGAAGUCAGCAGCCCGCCCGCCCUGCCUCUGUCAAGUGCUGUGACCCUUCUGUCUGUGCCUUCGCUGUCCACAAAGUGUUUAUUGCAGACCGACAGUGAGGACGUGUCUGUGGGUAGCACCCACGGCACCUGUUACCCAGAGAGCCCUGCUCCGCAUCUUCGCUCUGCCGUCCAGGGAAGUAGUCAUGAGCCAACUGCUUUGUCAAGACUCGAGACGGAUCACAGUCUACUGAAAAAACUGUUACCUUCCCCCAUAAAACAGACACCUGGAAAUGUGCCUUACGUGUCUUCAAAUAGAAGAACAUCACAUCACAGACAGACCAUGUCUGAUGGAAAUGCUUCUCAGACCCCAGCUGGUGCAACUCUGAGCUCAGACCCUGGAGCCUCUGAGCUACCACCUAGGCAGACUUGGGGGCUGCCACACCCCUCUUCAGCUCCUCAGGAUCUCUUGCCAAGUGUAGAGGACUCAUUAGCAACACGAGGAGCUGUUAGUGUACCUCGGACCCGCCCUGCCUCCCUGAGAAGCCGAUUGGAUCCCCAGCAGUCUUCCCCAUGGAGUACGGAAUCUCCACCUGCACAAACGGACAGACUAGUGGGUCACUCAGGACCAAGCCCUCACUGCUUCCCUGGUGCCAAGGAGAGAACUGCAUUGCACAUGCCUUCCUUACUGGACACAGAUGUGGAAGGUCAGCCGAAGGACUACACAGUGCCUUUGUUCACAAUGAAGAACAAAGCCAGCCGGCCAUCCAUAUAUGAGCUGGAGAAAGAAUUUCUGUCUUAA